CACUGUUUUAAAUCUAGCGGUGUCAGUUAUAUAUUUUGGUUUUAAUGCUUGUAAAUAAUAUGACUGGUUUUAUUUAUACAGCGGUAUGAAGUCCAUUCAUCAUGGGUGGCUUUUUGAGAAAACAUUCAACUCCAGACCAACCAGUCCAGCAAAAGAUUGAUCUGCCACAACUGUCAUCUUACCAAGGGCAUCCGAUUGAAUAUUAUCAAACUUCCGUCAACGCUGAAUUAGAUAUUCAGUCACAUUUCAGUUUUAUGGCACCGACUGUGACCAUACAGGCCACUAAUGAAGAACAGUACUUUCCGGAGCUGGCGGCUAUACAAGACCAAGGAUAUAAAAUGCUAGCUUUUGUGUCAUUUCCCGGAUCUAUCAGAAAGUUUGGAUUUACUUCCGGCAGAAAAGGUGUCGUAAUUACAAAAUUUCAAGGAAUUUUUCGAAAACUGUUGCCAGACGAGAAAGAUCAAAAAUGGGACCUGAGAGUUGUAAAGUCAACAUUGGUGAAUCACAUGUUUACGCAAUGGAGUGGUAACAUCUUUCUGAACGCUGGCUCACAGAGCGGAGGAGUAUCUGACAGUUAUCAUAUUUUCCAAACCCUACAGACUAUAGCAGAAGAAGGCGGUAGGCUUAUCAGUGUGGAGCUUACAGGUAUGUCGGAAGAACAGAUUGACAUACAGAAACAGUAUAUGGACAGACAUGCAAAGAUGUCACAUGUUACAACAGAGAGAAUACCAGAGAUGCAGGUAGCCGUAGACGUGUUUUUCGAGAUCCCUUGCCAACCGUUAAGUGAGAGAUACGUCUACCAGGUUGUCAGCUGUCCAUUAGAAUCGACCUACCAACACACCUUCCCACACGGUCAUUUCUCCUCUGUAAUUGAUUGGCAAAGCUUGAUCUCACAGUAUCUCGAAACAGGCUGGAAACUGGUGGAAAUAUUGGAAGACUAUUCCGUGUCUUAUCUCACCCAAAUGAGUGGUUUUCGACCCAACGGUACGCAAACAAACAAUUGUUUAUGGAUAUCUGAGAAGCCGUUGUCACGAUUGAAUGAUAACACGCAAUACUAUGAGGGAACUAUGGUUGAACAUUGGGUUACAUUACAUAGUCAUGUACAUAGAUUGGAAUCCGAAGGAGCGACAGUAGUUGAGGCUACAGACUGGGAACCAAUUACUGAGCACUUUGGAAAGAAGGGAUGGCAGGUUGUGAGAAUUCUAAACACUCCUGAUACUAGGUUGGAGGGGACGUUUCAGCAGACCACAUAUGUCAAACAAAUGAUAUUCUUCCAACGUCGUGUUGUAAAUAAACAACAAAUCACAGAGACAACUCAAACUACAUCAAGAGAAACAACAUAAGUAAAUGUAAUUACAGAGAAAGCUUAACCUUCAUCAACAGAAACAACGUAUGUACAUGUAAUUACAAUGAAAGGUCCAA